AUGGCGUGGGGUGACGAAAUCCAGUCGGCUCUCAGCGAGCUCUUCUGUCCACCCCUCGACACCACGCUUGUGGCAGCGAUAGCUCACGAACCCGGCCAAACACUGCAAAGCGCCAAAGAGGUCUGCGAGACACUCGCCGCUGCUGCCGUAUCCGAUGCUGACUCUCGCCCCAGCGAGCCUCGACCUACACAUACCACUGCUACGGAUGCCAAACCAGCCGGGGCAGCCGCAAGACGCAAAGCGUUCGGAGGGAAACUCACCACCACAUCCAACGCCGAUCCUCCAUCCUCAACUGCAACCUCCAAACCCUCCCCGACCCCUCCUUCCACAACUUCCACCUCCACCCCAACCACCACCUCUUCCUCACCGUCAACCGCAGCCGUCGAUCAGGACAGCGCAACCCUCCAACGCUUGCUCGACGAAUGGUCCCUCGUCUCCUCCUCCUCCUAUCACGACCCCUCCAACCUCCACCUCACCGACGACGAGCCCUCCGACACCGAACACGACCCCCACUCCGCCAUCCCCUCCACCGUCGCGGCCCACCUCCUCCACACCGAGCAGUCCGAAGCCCAAAGAAUCGGCGAGCUGUCCGGCGACCACAAGAUCGACCCCACCGCCCUAGCCUCCGGAGAGCAAGACCUCAACUCCAGCAAAUGGUCGAACAAGGAUACCUUCGACCCCGUCGUGUUCCUCCAACACGCCUUCCCUUCACGCACAGCACAGUUCCUCAGGGACACGCUGAACGAUUCGUACGGAGAUGUACAAAUGACCAUCGAUACAAUCAUGACGAUCGACCUGAUCGAAGCUGAAGACGCACGAAGCGCUACGACCGACCAACUGGAUGCUUCGACUUCAGCUGCCGACGCGCCCAAAAAGGGCGGCGGCCUGGACUACGAAGCGCUCGCGCACAGCAGUGAAGACCCCGCCCUCAAGGGCAAGAAACGCAGAGCAGCCCGUAGAAAGCUCCAGCAAGAACAGCGAUCAGCUACCGCCGGUCUGCCAUCCAACACUCCCGUCUCCAGGUCCAAAGUCACCGUCAACCUGACCGACCUGCGUCACGGCGGGGCCUCCUCCAACCUCCUCCUCAAAAAAGUACAACAGCAACCACCACCCAAACCCCGCACCGCCUCUCCCCUCCCACAUCUUACAGACGAGCAGCUGGCAGCAAAGCUCGCAGCCGAAGAACAGCAAGCCGCCCGCGACCCAGACGCAGACAUGCCCGUAUCCGACAAUCAGUGGCUGCUCACAUCCUCCGUCCUCUCGCAGCUCUCCACCUUGCUCGACAUCGAUCCCAGCCAAGUGACGUCCGCGUACAACGCAUCCUCGUUCAAGCUCGCAGUAUGCUUCGCCAGGUUGCUCGAGCAGGAGUCCGACAAAUACCCUACGCUGACCAGCCUCGACGAAGCCGGAGAUGCGCCGGCCGGUACCGCUGAACAGAUCGCACAAGGUAUCGCGGCGAUCGGAGCCACGUCGCUCCCCGAAGCAAGCAGAGCUCUCCGCGCGACAAAGGGGAGGCAGGACGCCGCGUUAGAUCUGAUGCAACUGCAUCUGCUGGUGCAGCGCGAGGUCGGCGAAGCCGACGCACUCGAUCCCAUGGGCAGGUUGAGGCAGCUCGGUGCUGCCGAAGUUCCCAAAACCGCCGAAGCCGCCGGCGUACGAGGCUACGCCAUCGACGCAGCUGCAGGCCAAGGCAAGUUCGCAGCCACAUUUCCAACCCCCUCGCAAGCUGCCGCUUCCCGAUCCGCCUCUACCAACGGCUCCACCGGCGUCUACUCCAACAUCGUCGGUCGCAAGACCUCAGGCCCAAUCUCUGGCGCAGCAGCUGCGCUACGCUCCGGUUCCGCCGCAUCCGUCUUCCCUGCCAGCUCCGCCUUCGUCGGCGCCUCCACCGCUGACGACUUGCUCGACGACCCCGUCGCCGUUGAACGCGGGCUCGCAUCCCACACCACGCACUACGACCCAGUCCGCCGAAUGGCCGAGUACCGCCUCGUUGCCGAAGAAUACCGCCUGAGACGCGACGAAGCACUGCGAAAGGCCGCUUCGGCAUGGAAGUCGCAGCGCGGCGGCGUUCGCUCCGGCGGCAAGGGCGGAGACGGAGGACGUGGAGGUAUCGCAUGGCACUACGCAGAUGAAGCACGUCGUCUCGAUGCAAAGUCACGCGCCUGGUCGCUUCGCGCCUCCCAAGCGCUGGUCGAAGACCGUCGACGAGCAGCAAUCGGCGUCAUCCGCCCCGGAACCCAACCUACAGCAUCGCACAACGUGGCAAGCAACACGAUCGACCUGCACGGCGUAACGGUGCACGAAGCGCUGUCCAUCGUCAGAGAGCAGGUGACCAGAUGGUACGCACGACCUGGACCGGGUAUGAAUCCACCACCGUUCAAGAUCGUCACGGGUGUCGGCCGACAUUCGCCGCACCAGAUCGCAGUACUUCGACCAGCGAUCGCCAAGAUGCUCGAUAGAGAGGGCUGGAGAUAUGACAUAGACCACCAGCGAGGAUACAUCGUUGUUCGAGGUACCAAAUAG